AGUUGGAUUCUGUAAAUCACCAUGAAUUUAAAAGUGAACUACUUAACGCACGAUACAAAUAAAUUAAACAGCAAGUUUGUAAGGUGUAACCGUAGCAACUACCUAUGUGACUUUUAACGAACGUUCCUGUUUUCAACGAUUUUGAGUGUUUUAAAUAAUGAGUUUUAGCUUUGUUUCCGUAUUUAAGAUAAACGGCGUUCCGAUUCUCCCACCCUUGAUGACGCCGGAAGUUUGUGCAGAGGUUAGCGAAUAUCGCAAAAAAGCACUGGAAAUCGAAAAAAAUAUUAAAAAAUCUACCAAGCCUGAUGAUGCAAGCUGUUGCCGAGACCAAACAAAUAAUUCUGAAGCUACAGAAAAACCUUCAUCACCGCCUGAUGAUCCUACUGCCAUCAACCGUCGUAAUUCUUUUACAUUAGCAACACCAAGCCUCGGUUCCGUUGAUUUACCGCAUUCUACAUCUCCAAUUAACUGUUAUGACGCUCUGCAAAAAUUCGAAGGUUCUGAUAAUACUUCACCCAGACCUCGCAUUAGAUCAAAUUCAUUUACUGUAGAUUGCCCGAGUCCAUUACUUAUAAAACAUUUGCAUAACCAAAGCUUGGAUGUCAAAAGUUCUUUUUCGAUGGGCGAAAUUCCAAUGUCUGAUCAAACGAAACAUGUUAAAAAAUUAGACUUCGAAUCAGACGUAAAAACCAAAACGCCGAUAAAACCAGUUGGUAAACCAAAGCUGGUAACGGAUAGAAAAGUGAGCUCAGCAAAAUCCCAAACAGCUCCAAAAAGAAUCAAAAGUCCUUAUGAGUCAGUUUCUAAGACCAGCAUAAAGAUCAACAGCAGAACAAAACCUAGCACUCCAAAGAAAAACUCAACGAUAAAUGUUGGCAAUAAAACAGACAGUAAGGUAUUACCGGCAACAAGCAUUUGCCAGCAAAAAAUACGAGAUAUUCAAAAGCAACAGGAGCAGCGAAUGCUGAAACUGUUGAAGCGUCAGGAGGAGGAACAACGCCAAUUGCAGGAAAGUUUUCGACGUCAGCAUGAAGAGAUAGCAAAAAUGCUUCUUCAAUCCGUGGAUCAGAUCCACACUUCCACCCCAAAAAUUGGGAGUCCAGAAGACUCAAAGAGCAAUCUUCCUUCCAAUGAAGCGUCGCAAAUGGGACCAUCUUUCAGAAAACUUAACAUCAGUUCAAAAGAUUUUGUUCAAAAUAGUGACACGCAAUCUAGUAUCAGUAAUCUAUCGUCCAGUAAGACGCUGUUUGUAUCUUCCAAUUCCAGCAAAUCAAGUGUAGAUUUUGAAGAAUCUGAUGAAAUGUACAAAACUUGCAACAAUAGCAGUAACAAUAAUCGAUGGAAAAAUGACGAACAAAUAUUCAGCGACGUUCGCAGCUAUAUGGAAAUUAUGCAACAAACGCUGCAAGACAAAGACUUGCAAGAGUUAAGCGGAUUUAGUAAGCAAGAUCAUCCAAUAUUGAAGCAGGACGAACACAUUAAAUAUAAUGCAGCUUGUCUAAUAAAUGCCUAUGCAAGAGGAUAUCUUACACGCAGGCUUUUUCAAACCGAGAAGGUUCAGAAGAUUGUCCAAAUUAUUCGUGACACACUCUUGUUUAUACUGGAUAUGCACCACGAAAAUGCUGCCUCUGGUAGACGAAUUCGUAGUUCAGCAGACGUACAGUUAAAACGAACUCUUGUUCACCAGCUCACUUCUGCCUGUAAUCAACUACAUGAAAUCUUCAUUGAUAGUACUAUUCAACAAAGAAUGCAUAUAAUACGUCGUGAUCGAGAACAGAUGAAACUUAAACUCGAGAAUCGUAUCCGAACAGUAGCUGUAGAUGACACAAAUAAAGUUACAAAUCAUAAUCCAGCUAUAUUACCCGAGCAAUACCAAACGUUACAAGUGUGCUCGCUAUAUUCAGUCAAUAUUGAAGCAACCACUGCCACAGCUACCGACAAUCAAAACGACAACAUCAACCGUGAAGCAUUUGAGGAGCUGUAUAGCAAACCGCCUACCAGUCUAAACUCAAGUGCAACAUCGAUUCGUUCGUCAUCGACAGGACUUCCUCACGUUCUGAAUUUUAGGACGCUAUCAACUGGUACUCCAGCAAACCUUCCGGCAACUGUGAUUUCGCAUCUUGUGAACCAAGUUAAAAGGGCAGUUUCAUCAAGAUCUGCCACAAAAGCUCGGCAACAGGUCAAUCUCCGUCCAAAAACGGCAUCCGUCAUAAGACAACACCUUCUAGAAUCAAACAUACGCCUAGAAUAGUUUUGAUAAGAUAGCCGAAUCGACAAUUUAUUUUUGUAUAAAAUUUUUCAAUAAACAUGAGAAAUUAUUCUGUA